GGCCUGACCCAAGAGGGAGGAGAGUGUGGGGACCAUUUGUACAGGGCAGAGCAGUGACUCCGCCCUGUUUCAGUGGCUGCUGCAUGAGACCCCUGGCUGGGGGAGGCUUGUGUACUCAUUUGUACAGGGCAAUGGCAUCUCCCGGCCACAUCCUGGCUCUCUGCGUGUGUUUCCUCACCACGGCCAGUGCAGAAGGUCCACAGGAACCUGAUCCAUUCACCUACGAUUACCACACCCUGAGGAUCGGCGGCCUCACCAUCGCUGGGAUCCUCUUCAUCCUGGGCAUCCUUAUCAUCCUUAGCAAGAGAUGCCGGUGCAAAUUCAACCAACAGCAGAGAACUGGGGAACCCGACGAAGAGGAGGGAACUUUCCGCAGCUCCAUCCGCCGUCUGUCCACCCGCAGGCGGUAGACCUUCCACCUGUCUCCAGGAAACUCAGCCAGGACCCCUUGGACAUCUGACGCCUCCCCCCACCCAGCUGCUCGCCUGUGGCCACCUCCAGCGUCCCUUGCCUCAGCCCUGCCUCUCGGACACCCCUUACUGCUAAGACCUCCAAUAAAACUCGGUUUUCCCUCCUGA